GGCGGCCAGGUCUGUUCUAAAAGAAACCACACUUCCCAGCAUGCCCCGGGAGCUGGGGCGCGUCACGUGACCGUCUCCGGCUGCGAACUUUCCCCCUGGAGUUCCGCGGCCGCCGCCCCCUUCCCGAGAGAGGAGCCGGGAGAGCGGGCGAUGGAGCUUCAGGCGGGGGCUUCCAGGGACGACGUCUCGGCCUCCGUCCCGGCCCGGCCUCCGCCCCGGGAGCGAGAGAGGAAGCUGCAGCAGGAGAAGCUCUCCGGGGUGGUGAAGAGCGUCCACCGGCGCCUCCGCAAGAAGUACCGCGAAGUGGGAGACUUUGAUAAAAUCUGGCGUGAACAUUGUGAGGACGAGGAAACUUUGUGCGAAUACGCUGAAGCAAUGAAAAACUUGGCAGAUAAUCACUGGACUAAAGCCAGCGAAGGAGAGGGCCGUAUUGAGUGGUGCUGCAGCGUAUCACGGGAGUAUUUUCAAAAUGGUGGAAAACGGAAAGCUCUGGAAAAAGAUGAGAAAAGAGGAAUCUUUACAAGCAAAGUUAUUCCAAACACAGGCAUUCAUCCAACUCCAAAAACUGAAAAUUCUUCAGAAAAUUCAAAUCAUGCUUCUAUAAUGGAUGAAUUGCUGCAUCCUUCAGGAAAGAUCAGAUUACUUGAUGUUGGCAGCUGUUUCAACCCAUUUUUGAAGUUUGAAGAAUUUUUGACUGUUGGCAUUGAUAUUGUUCCUGCUGUUGAGACGGUCUACAAAUGUGACUUCUUAAACCUUCAGAUUCAGCAGCCUCUUCAGCUUGCACAGGAUGCCAUCAAUGCUUUUUUGAAGCAGCUGAAAAAUCCCAUUGAUUGUCUGCCUGGAGAGUUAUUUCAUGUCAUAGUCUUCUCCCUCCUCCUUUCUUACUUCCCUUCACCGUAUCAACGGUGGAUAUGUUGCAAAAAGGCCCAUGAACUCCUUGCCUUAAAUGGAUUGCUACUCAUUAUAACUCCUGAUUCAUCCCAUCAGAAUCGCCAUGCUAUGAUGAUGAAAAGCUGGAAAAUUGCUAUCGAAUCCUUGGGUUUUAAACGUUUCAAGUACUCCAAGCUCUCUCACAUGCAUCUAAUGGCAUUUAGAAAGAUAUCUCUCAAAACAACUAGUGACUUGGUGAGCAGGAACUACCCAGGAAUGUUGUACAUCCCCCAGGAUUUCAACAGUAUAGAAGAGGAGGAAUUUUCUAAUAAUUCCUGCUAUAUCCGGUCAGAAGCUGAAGAUGAACAACUUGCAUAUAGUUUCAUGGAGCUCCCAGACGCUCCUUAUGACUCAGACUCAGGGGAGAGCCAGGCCAGCUCUAUUCCUUUCUAUGAGCUAGAAGACCCUAUACUGCUUCUAACUUAGUGUAACUGUUGAAAUCUUGAAGCCCAAGCUCCAUUUACUGUAAAACUAAUCUUGCUAAACUGACAUCUGCUCUGCACAUAAAACAUUUGUGGAAAGGAAGUACAAAAAGAUUUCAGAAAACUGUCACUAUUUUUUUCUACUUCUGAAUUUUAAAAUUUAUUCUUGUAUUGAAAAUUUGAAGCGUGUGUGUUAUGCAGAAUGGCUCAUGUGAUCGCAUGAACAAGGUUUACUUUAGUAUUUGUAUCAGUAAAAUAUUACAGAAAGGUACUAUUUAUCCUUCCCUCCAGUGCUGUGAAGCUGUGAUUCUGAAAUAUACACCAGUGUAUCUUGAUUUGAUUUUUUAUUUUAUUUUCUGCAUUGCUUGAGAUUCAUGCUAGUAUUUCUCAGUUGUUUGAGCAUAAGCGAUAAUAUGCACUGGUGAUGUCUAAGAAAGAGACUUAGCUUUUGACUUGAACAAACAACAUAUAGAAAGAACAGAGUUUAGUGUGAAUUGAUCUUGAUCUGGUGAAAUGAAAAUAUCUGCUUAAUAUAACUUGUCAGUAAAUGUGCAACUGGAACAUUUUGUAGGAUACCAUCCUCUCUGUCCUUAGGAUAAUACAUAACAUGCAGGUUUAACUAGCUCUCUGCCCCCACUUCUGAUAGAAUAUUUCAAUAUUCUGACAUUUCAUAUUGUACCGUUUUACAAAACAUUAUGCAGCAAAGUGUUCAAGUAGGAAAUGUGAACUUUCAAAAUUCUUGCAUUAAAUGAUAUUGGCAAAAUUUUGAUAAUCCUGAUAUUGUAGACAUUAAUAUUUUUCUUUGCAAUGGGUCCAUCAACUGUAAGUGAAAAUAAUUCAUUUUGGAGGGCUUUUUAGAGGCUAAUCUGCAUAUAUUUUUAAAAGAUAUUUGGAAUCAAA